AUGGCCGAUCAAGUCCCAGUGGCGAAUGAUGCAGGCAGCUCACGUUCUCCAUCAGCUUCAGUGGUAACAAAACCGUCCUACGCACCAGUUCAUCCGCUGGGAUAUCCUUGCAGGGCAUGCAAAGCAAGACACCGACGCUGUGAUCGCAUGAGACCAGUUUGUGAGGCCUGUAUCAAGAGAGGCCUAGAAGCCGAAUGCUCCUAUCCGUCUGCAGAUUCUCCCUUCGUCGAGACCAAAACUUCCACGAACAAAAUCACCAUUAAGACCGGUGCGCCGUUUUCGGGGUCAAUUUUUAACGAUUCCUCGGCCCCACUGGCAGUUGGUGAGAAGAAAAGGCCGCUAGCUUUAGAGAGCUCUAUUGGAGAAUAUGAAUCUAUGAAUGGCGUGGUCAAAUCAACCGUCAAAAAUAUUUCAAGCUAUGCACAGCAAGGGCAGGAAUCUCUACAGCCUCCUGCCAAACGGCAUAAGAUAUCCGAAUCUGGCCCUAUUGAUGCGAUUGGGCAAUCCGGGUUAGCACUGGGUCAGAUUGGACCAGUUGGCCCCGAUUCACCCAGUGGACGUAAGCUGCGUGUUCCGCGCAGUGUAUCUCCCACUCUACAGGAAGAUGAAAUGGAGCUACGGUGCAACUUGACCACUGAGAUAAACGUUCAGAGAUCAAAACACCGCAAUCUCAAUGCAGCAUGCCUUUACAGUAUCAUGAAGCUACUGAAAAGCGCGAAGACCCAACGCCCGAGCGGUGGAGCUCUAGCGACUCAGUCAGAUGACAAUUGGCUUGAAGAAGAUGAUCUCAUGGAAGUUGCAGCAAUCAAGCACAGCAAGGGUGGGCGUUGUUCUCGUGCUCUUCUCACUCGAUUUGAAAAUUUCUUGUAUAGCCCAUUGAUGAGCGGCGAGGAGAAGAGAGCACAAGAACGUGUCAUAUGCAUCGAAGAGUGUCUUUCGAGUACAAAUGCGCCGCCGACAUCCAACCACAACAAAUUGUUUCUUCGUCGUUUGAAAAAAAUCAUUCUGGAUCCUCUUGCGUACGAUUUGGAUGAGAAACAUCCACACAUCGAAUUUCUACGCAACACACUCGAUGCAGCUAUAAAGACCGACUCGAAGCUAGGGCGUGUGACCUGUGGGAAAUUUGCACAGUUUCUAGACCCAGAAAGCGAAAUCAUCAGUGCCGAUGUCGAUAGUCCAGAUCCAAGAACGGGAACUUUGAGUUCACCAAGGAAGGAGCAACCCAACCUCGAACCUCCGCGCGUGCCUUCUUCGAAACCUCAUGAUACGCCCUCCAAAACAACAACAAACCACACACACGACCUUCUCUCUUCCCCCUCCCCCCUCUCAACUUCCCACUCUCCAUAUCUCCCUCGUUUUGCCUCUGCUCCAGCUCCAUCCUUCCAAACCGCAGUGGACUCUAUCGAUCUGAUCGACGAGACCAUGCCGUCGCCUUUCGUGACUCCUAAGGGACGGAUGAAGCGUCCUACCUCUCGCAAUCAGUCAUCACAGCCCGCCGACACCCACGUGUCGACUGUCGCGCAAAGUCCGUCCAAGAGACGUGCUGUUUCUGGCACUGAGCCAUGCAAUUCCAGUGUUGCAGCUGCUACGGCUCUUGUGCCCGCUACCCCAGGUGCCCAGUCGUCGAACCCUAAUAAUAACAACGCGCCGAAUUCGAUGGUUUCUACCUCAGACAUUCAAGCACCCAGCAACCACGGCAAUAACAGCAUUACCCAAGUGGCAGGCAGCACUACCUCUGGAAGCCAAUCACUUGCUUCUGAGAUCCCGAAGAGACUUAUGAAGAUUUUUUUCGAGAAACAAUCGGUUAUUUUGCCCAUUCUUGAUCUUGAUAAAAUUAGAUCUGGUCUCAAAAUCGCCGUGAGUCGUGGCCUAGCUACACCGGAAGAUAUCAAUGCCACUCUUGCGCUUUGUCUCGCUAUGGCGUGCCAUCUCACUCGUGAAAGAGAUAUAUGGGGCGCUCAAAAAUGGUACGACCGCGCUGUUUCCGAGAUACCUAAACCUGAGAACUCUGAGUCCUCGUUCAAAUACUUCCACCGACGCAUCCUUCAAACCGAGUAUCUCCACAUUGCAGGGUCCCUGAAAAAGGCCUGGGAGAUAUUGUCUCUGGCGCUCAGCAAAGCCGACGUUCUUGAGAUGCAAACUGAGCACGGUGGAUGCCUUGCAGUGGACCGAAAGUCUCUUGAGCAGGUUCGGUUGAUAUGGCAUUGUCUCUGGAUGAAGAAAUCAUCUCUUGCGCUCCAGCUUGGUUUUACCAACCAAUGCCUCGAUGCUUAUUACGCCCCACCACUGCCAUCGCCAUCGCAGGUGGAAGAGAAUCUAAGUGUGACAGGGGUGUUGAACAAUUCACAGAUUGUCUUGGCAUCUGAUUUUUUUAUUGCAUGCGCCUCCCUUCUAAAGCACACUGAAGAUUUGAUCACUCUUGAAAACAACUUACGUGCCACUAUGCUGACAUGUCCUAUGAAAUGGCUUUCCACUGUCGAGCUCAGUGGUGUCCAGGAACUGCAUGGGUCCCUGUCUGAUUGGAAGAGUGGUCUACCUGAAAGUCUGGACUGGAAGGGCUGUGGAAUCGCGCUGAAUAACGUGGAUGAAACUAGUCGCCGCAUGUGCAUUCUGGCUCAUCUGCGAUAUCUCUACUUCCGGCUUCGGCUUUACCGGCCUUUCUUUACCUUGAGCCUACGCCUUUCUCGCCCGUGCACCUGCAAAUCUGGAGUUCAUUUGUGUGCGAGAAAUAUCCAUGAUGAGGACUCGUCUCCCCUUUUGGGGCUGAUUUAUUACAACGCUAUCAGAUGCUUGUCUGUAGCCCAAGAAAUUGUCAAGACCAUCCGCAUCACUUUUGAAAGGGAAAAGAACGAGGUGUCUAAAUGUGAAUACCUGGACUAUCUUUACGGGGCCGCUUUGAUUCUGAUUGCGGCUCGCACUUCUCCAUUCCUCGCAAACGGUACCAUGGAAGGUGUCCCCGCUGCCGCUGCCACAAGCAAAUCAGUCAAAGCCAUAACUGAUGAAAUCAGGCAGGUUGAUAGCUUGCUGCGGAAUUAUCAAGAGACUUGUGAGCAGGCUCCUGAGCUUCGGUACCGGAUUCAAUGUGCUCGUGCUGCCUUGAGUCUAGUUGAACUCCAAUGUGCGUCGUCCCGCGAAUUUAUCUCGGAUCAGGACCUGAACUUUGCGCCAAUUGUGUGGCGGCGUAUCUACCACCGCCUGCGCAUUGAUACUUCGCUUGGAAUGUUAGCGAAUAUCCAAUCCUCUAAUGCCACUACUAUUCCGGGUCGCAAAUUGACCCUCGGCUGGCUGGAAAGCUUGCCCGUCGAUAUGGAAAUCUGA